AUGUCUGAGCCCCUGGAAAUCAGCGCCCUCACGCUCAACUGCUGGGGCCUCAAGUACAUCUCGGCACUUCGCACCGAGCGUCUCGCCGAGAUUGGCCGUCGUAUUGCCGCCCUGGCCGAGACGUCGUCGACACCACCACUAUCAUCAUCAUCGCCUUCAUCACCUUCGACCACACCCCUCUCCAUUGUUGCCCUUCAAGAGUGCUGGUGCCACGAAGACUUUGAGGCCAUCCACAACCUCACUCGCCAUGCCCUGCCCUUUGCCAAGUUCUUCUACGGCGGCGUCUGGGGCGCCGGCCUCGCCGUGCUCUCACGCUGGCCCAUUACCCAGACCAGCAUGACACCAUACUCUUUGAAUGGUCGCCCCACGGCCUUUUGGCGUGGCGACUGGUUUGUCGGCAAGGGCCUGGCGAGCGCGACGAUCCGCGUGGACGACAGCACGACCGUCGAAGUGCUCGUCACGCAUACGCACGCGCCCUACGAGGGCGGACGGCCCGACGACUCAUACCUGCUGCACCAGGUCGCGCAGACGUGGGAGGCCGGCAAGCGCAUCCGGGCGGCGGCGGAGCGGGGACGGCUGGUGCUGGCCAUGGGCGACUUCAACAUGACGCCCGACUCGCUGCAGUACCAGUCGCUGUAUCUGGGCGCGAACGCGGCCUCGCCAGUGCUCUCAUCCUCGACCUCAACCAACUUUGUCCUCCACGACACAUGGCGCGACCUGCACCCGAACGCCGCGCUCGGCAACUCGUACAACCCGCUCGAGCAGGGCCGGCAGCGCCAACUCUCGCCCCACGGCCAACAGACCAUCCCUACGGCCGCCUUCAACCUCGCCGAGAACGGCACCGCCUCCGACAAUGUCCUCAACACCUGGCGCUGGCCCAAGGACAAGCAAAAACGCCUGCACAAGAGCUACCAGCGACGGCACCAGCGCCAACAGCAACAGAGGAAACCAGCGGCUGACGAGGACAUCGACAGCGAGUUUGUCGUCGCUCUAGAUACGCCCGACCCGGCUGCGAAGCGCCUCGACUACGUCUUCUACGCCGCGCCGUGUCAUCCGGGUGCGACUUUUUCUACUACCCCCGAACGCCCCGUCUGGCGCACAAAGGCGGCCCGUGUCGCCAUGGUCGAGCCCCACCCCACCCUCGGCUGCUCCGUCAGCGACCACUAUGCCGUCGCUGUGACCCUUGUGCGCGAGCCGGCCACUGCGACGGCCGCAGCAGACACUUCCGGCAUCCCGACCGUGCCCCACUCCGCCUACGACAGCGUCCUGGCCGAGUCCGACCGCUACAUGCGGCGAGAGCUCAAGCAGCGGUAUUGGCGCAGCGUGCACUUUUUCGUGUCCGUCGCCGUCACCAUUGGCUGCUACGUUGCCGUCUGGUUUAGCCCGCGCAAUUUUGUCGCCUUCUUGCUGACCCUGCUGGCCAGCCUGGGCCUUGCCACAGGCGUCGUCGACGGACUGAUUGCCCUGCUUUUUUUCGGCUCCGAGAUCCGCUACAUCAAGGACUUUCACUGGGAGAUUUGCAAUGCGAAGGCCGCUGCUUCGGCUGUCCGCGCCUCAUCCUCGCAUUCACAAGACAAAUAA